AUGGCGUCUCGAUUUUGAUUCAAUUUUUUAUUUCAAAUCUAUUUUCUUUUGAUUUCUUCGUUGUUUUGCAAUCAAAGAUCAAAAACAUUCCAUAUAUUGACCAUCAAAUAGCUAUGCUUGACCUCUAGGGAUUUGAAACUAUAUCGGAAGACGUAGAAAGGUUGAAUUUGUAUUUAAAAUGCGUCGACUUGGAGCUCUUAGAAAUCGCAAGAAAACUAUAAAAGCAUUUACAGAACUCGAUGCUUUUCCAAAAGUACCUGAAAACUAUCAAGAGACUUCAGCCUCUGGUGGCUCAGUGACUUUGCUGAUUUCGAUCAUUAUUUUCGUUUUGGUURUGUCUGAGUUCUGGUAUUACAGAUCUCUAGAGACUAAAUAUAGUUAUGAAGUAGAUACUGAUGCAGAUAGUAAACUUUUGAUAAAUGUAGACGUAACAAUAGCCAUGGAUUGUGAUGAUUUAGGUGUAGAUGUGUUGGAUUUAUCAGGCUCAACUAUACAACUACAUGAUGGCCUCAAACUGGAACCUACUUAUUUUGAGUUGACAGAUGARCAGAAAAUAUGGAUGAGGAUGUUCAAAGAUUUYCACUAUAUCUUUGAAGGCUACAGAUCACUAGGUCAAAUUGGAACAUUUAAAUCAGAUAUGCCUACAUACAUGCCUGAGAGGAAGGAUUCAGAAAAGGACAAAGACAAGCCCCAUGAUGCAUGUCGUAUUCAUGGUUCUUUUGAAGUCAAUAAAGUGGCUGGCAACUUUCACAUCACUGCUGGAAAGUCAAUCCAGCACCCACAGGGCCACGCCCACCUGAGUGCUCUUGUUCCAGAGCAGUCAAUGAACUUCUCCCACCGUAUCGACCAACUAUCGUUUGGUACGCGCAUGCCCGGCUAUAUCAGUCCGCUGGAUGGUGACAUGCAGACUGCAGACAAAGCUCGACUAAUGUACCAGUAUUAUAUCAAAAUUGUACCAACACAUGUUAAGAUGCUUGGAAGAAAAGAUGAAAUUCUUUCAAACCAGUAUUCGGUGACACAAAGGAGUCGUGAAAUAAGCCAUAGUCAAGGAAGCCACGGUAUUCCAGGAAUCUUCUUCAAAUAUGACAUGUCAUCGAUAAUGGUCCGUGUCAAAUACCAGUACCGUUCAAUGACUGCGUUUCUUGUACGACUGUGCGGCAUAGUUGGCGGGAUUUUUGCUACUUCUGGUAUGCUACACUCUCUGGUUGGUUACUUGGUUGAUCUUGCUCUCUGUAGAUUUGGUUACAAAAAGCUUAAAACGGAGGACGACCCAACGCCAGUUCAACWUCAAUCAGAYCAACMUGGACACAACAGUGGACMAACUCAACAGCAGGUCCCUAUUCAACAACCUGUAAUGAACCCAGAGGGAUUUCAGAAUCCWGCACAAAUCGAAAUAACGGACAAUACCACUCCUGUUCUCCAUGAACUUCCAACCCAAGCAACGGCAUAAAGAACGGAUUUURGAUCCCAGAAAAGAAAAUGUUUAAACUAACAAAUUGUUUCAAUCGCAACCCGUUACUCAGUCAUUAAAACGAAACAUGCCUAUU